GGAGGAGCGGAAGUCGUCGGUCGUUUCCGGCCUGAGGGGCGGGGCGCGCCGUGACGCCCAAAGGCUGCGACUUCCCCGGCGGCGGCGGCGGCGGCGGCAGGCGCGAGCACCCUGCGGGAUGCCCAAGAAGUUCCAAGGGGAGAACACCAAGUCGGCCGCUGCCCGGGCAAGGAAGGCCGAGGCCAAGGCGGCGGCUGAUGCCAAGCGCCAGAAAGAGCUGGAGGAUGCCCUCUGGAAGGACGAGGACAAGCACGUCAUGCGCAAGGAGCAGAGGAAGGAGGAGCGGGAGAAGCGUCGCCUGGAGCAGCUGGAGCGGAAGAAGGAGCUGCAGCGGCUGCUGGAGGAGGAGGAUGCCAAGCUGAAGGGCAGGGCACCCAAGCCCCCCGGCCCCACCAAGGUCACCCGGGCCCAGAUCGACGAGGUCCUCCGCAAGGACCUGAAGGACAGCACGGACGUGGCCGCCGGGGAGAAGCCGAAGAGCCACCUGGAGCUGCCCCUGGAGGAGAACCUGAACCGGCGGGUGCUGGAGGAGGGCUCCGUGGAAGCCCGCACCAUCGAGGAGGCCAUCGCGGUGCUCAGCGUGGCCGAGGACCCAGACCGGCACCCGGAGCGCCGGAUGAAGGCGGCCUUCUCGGCCUUCGAAGAGGAGACCCUCCCCCGCCUGAAGCAGGAGAACCCCAACAUGCGUCUCUCCCAGCUGAAGCAGCUGCUGAAGAAGGAGUGGAUGAAGGCCCCCGAGAACCCCAUGAACCAGCGCCACGCCUCCUACAACAGCCAGAAAUGAGGGCCCCCCCAGGACUGGAAAAACCCCUCCCCCCCCAUCGUUCCCCUUCCGCUCUCCCCCCACGUGCCCUGGAGGGCAGGUAGGGCCCCCUUGGGAAUGGGGCAGGGAGUGCCUCCCCCCGAGAGACCGGAGCCCACUUGCCCCCUGCGGCCCAGUCCCCUUCCUGAGCUGGUGGGGAGGGGGGAGCGAAUUCCUCCCAGGAUGCUCCCCCUCCUGUUCUUCCUUGUACCCUCCCCCCCUGAAAUGGGGGGCAGCCCUGCUCCCCCUCCCCCAUCCAGCUAUCCAGCCCAGGGAGGCUGGGGGAGCUCCACCCCCACCCCCAGUUCUGCCCUCUCCUGAAGACCCCCAACGCAGGAGGCCCCCUUGAGGUGCAGGCUUCCCCCCCCACCCCCUUCUGCAGCCGGGGUCAGGAUUCUGGCCUGGGCCCCUUUUGCCCUCCCCACCCCUGCAGGGGGCGGAGCUGGCCCUCCUUUGCUUCUCUUUGGGGGCCCAGAGCGGGGCUGUCUUCGGCCCCUUUCUCCCCCAAAGACCCCUGCCUCUUCUGCUGACCUGGGAACCCCCUAGCAGCCCCCUGCCCUUUAAUGACUCCGGCCGUGGAGGCCCCCUGGGGUGGGCUGGUCUUGCCUUCUCCAUCCCCCCCCCCCCACAAAGAAGGGCAAAACCUGCCCCAUAGAGAGUGGGGGGAUUCUCCUGGGGGCCCUGCUGCCACCCUGUCUGGUGGGUGCCAGUUUUGACCUCUGGCUGUGCCCCCUCCUCCCUCUCUUUGCCCUCCUGCCCUUUCCCACCUCUGGCAGCUCCUGGCCCCCCUCCCCUCAACCCUCACGGGGCCUUUGCCCUCUGGGUCACAGAGUGCCAUUUGCCUGACUUGAACCCUGAGCCAGCGGGAGCCAGUUUGGGCCAGAGCUGGGCUGGGAGGAGCAGCCACCGCCUCUGGCCAGCCUUGGCAUCCGUGGGCACCUGUGCCAGCAGAGCCUCCCCUUCCCCCACUGGGGCCUUCGGAAGACCAUCUGCAGGGAAGGCCGGGGGGGGGCCUGUGCCAGCUGGCCCCUCCCACUGCCGCUUCCCACGCGUUCAGGGAAAGUUCUGGACUUUUAAAACAUGGACAGAUACCUCAACCCCAGGAUGAAAUAAAGAGAAUUGUGCCCGCCU